AAGCAAGCUCGCAGCAGCAAAGCUUCUCCCUUAUCUUUUCUCUCCCUCCGCCUCUGGCUAGAACGUCCUAGAUUUGUGGUUCCGAGCAUCAAAUUAGGGUUUCCUUGGUGGCGUGAAGUGUUUGUUAUCGGUGAAGCGCGUGGCUUUCCGGCGAGGUUUCGGCUGUCCUUUGUUUCCGGUGAGAUUUCGGCGAGAUCUUGGUCAGUACUGUGGUUUAGUUGAAGGUAUCCUUCUUCUUAUGCCGUGGUCUAGCUGUUGUUAAAUUCCAGAUGAUGUUUGCUCGUCUUGUGACUUUGAUUGUUUUUUUUUUUUUUUUUUUUUUUUUUUUUGUGUCUAAAGUAAUUCUAGUGUUUGAUUUUUCAUUUCUUUGGCAGUAAUUUGUGUUGAAAGUUGUCAAAUUUGUUUUUUUUUUUUUUUUUUGUAGUACGUUUUAAGUUUCUGGAGGGUGAUUUCAAUUGGUUGCUCUAUAUUUUUGGUUUAAAAGAAAAAAAGUUUUUUUUUUUUUUUUUUUGGUUGGAUUGGGAAUUGUUUUUAAUUGAUAGAACAGUUAAAUGAUUUUGCUUGAUUAGUUCUAAUACUUUUCGCUUGUUUGUUUUGGCGAACGGAGACAAAAGGAGGGCUUUGGUUCUGAAAAGGAUGCUAGAUUGGAGUUCUGCAUAUAUUUUGACUGCUGGUUGAAGGAAUUGAAAGAUGUCAGAUAUAUGUAGCUAUGAGCUUGAAGAUAUAGUUUGGCAUGAAAUUUGCCAAAGUGGUGACCAUAUAGUACCAUAUCCUAGUUCCGGAUCAGCAGGUGAACAUCAACUCCCAAGUGAUAAUCGUAAGAAACGACAACAUGCAGUGUCUUUGAAUGGAUAUGUUACUGGGCCAAAGGAGCAAGAAGGAUUUUCAUCUCUGAAUAACAGUAGGUUGACAAUGUUGGAAAAAGGAUCGUGGUCUGACACACCUAGUGCAUUUCCUACUUCACAUGAUAACCACACAGUCAACAAAGUUUCAAAUUUAUCAUCUGAAAAUACCAGGACAUCUAGUCAUUGCUUUAAAAGCAACAACAUGGACUCAAUUGGAAGUGAGUUUUGUACUAAUGAUCCCAUUCUCGAUGACCAGAAUGUUGGAGUAGAUGGCAACUCUUAUAGCUACCCACUUGGUCAGAUUUCUCAGACAGAGAAUGACCUUAGUUUCCUUGAUGAUAAUAAUGAAGAAAAAAAUUCUAGUGAUCUCUUAGAUUAUGGUUGGCCUGAAAUAGGGAACUUUGAGGAUGUCGACAGGAUGUUUAGAAGCUGUGAUUCCACAUUUGGACUUGGGACCAGUAAUGCCGAUGAGUUAGGUUGGUUUUCUGCUUCAGAUGUUAUUGAAGGUUCUGAGGAUGCAUCAAGCUCAGAUUUUAUGUUCUCAUGCCCUGCACCCAAUGGACUAGAAAAUAUUUUAGUGCGUGAGGAUGCUGCAGGGCUAAAUGAUGCAAGUGGAUCAAUCAAUAAUUCAGGCAUGAGAAGUCAAUCUGACAGGGGAAAUUUGUGGGACUUAGAAAAAGAUGAAUGUGCCACUCUCAAUCAUCUGUCUUUUGUAGACGGUUCUCGUAGUUCUGAUUACAAAGAUGGAUCAAUGCCUGAAAGGCAGACUAAUACGCAUAAGAAGCAGUUAAAGCACAAGAACCGUUCCGAAGGAAAAAGGAAAGGCAUAUACUUGGAAAAUGGUGCUUCAUUUCCUUUUAAUGGUAACCUGCCUGAGGAUGCAAAACAAUCUACUGGGGCAAACUCUUCUCAAUCAACUUUCACAUCCAUGGGCAUUCAACAGCAUAAUCACUGUGGAUCUGAUUCUUUUGCCUACUUGCAAAGCAGCUUCCCUUACAUGCACACAGAGUACAAUCAUCCUUCUGAUCAGAGUUCAGUACGUGCAACCAUACCUUCUGUCAAGUCCGAAAAUAAUGCUUUGAAGUCUCUUUCCCCCAAGGGUUCCUAUGUGCCAAAUCAACUACCAUCCAUCCAGAGCUCUCUUGAUAUUUCUUUUCAGGUGGGCACCGCUAUGCCAAAUGAAAAAAAGUUAGAGAAGCAGCUCCCUUCAGGGUUCAAAUCUGAAAAUCACAGUGAUAUGAAUGGGAUCAACAUGAAAGAUCCUAUGCAAUUAGAUUCUUCAAUACUACUGGAAAGCUCUUCCAUCAGUUCAGGAAUGGAUGAAGUUUCAGAAGAAGCUGUUUGUUUUAACCAGCUUCAAAAUGUCAUGGAACAGCUUGAUCUGAAGACAAAGCUAUGCAUAAGGGACAGUCUGUACCGGUUGGCUCGAAGUGCUGAACAUAGGCAUAGAAAUGCUAACUUUAAUGGUGGCAGUGGAGAUAACAGAGAUGCAAGUGGGGCAUUGGUAGCUCAUGGAACAGACAGGUGUACUGGAUAUAUGGACAUGGAAACGGACACGAACCCUAUAGAUCGAUCCAUAGCGCACUUACUAUUUCAUCAGCCCUCAGACUCACCUGUGGAGUCAAUGAACAGAUUCAGGGGUCAAUCACAAGCAUGCCUGUGAUUGCUACUGAGAAGGUUGGUCAUGGAGAUGCUGCUGUUGAAGAAGAUAAGAAGGCUGGCUACGAGUGACAGGUACAUAGUUAAGAAAGCUCAACCGAAGACAACAAUGCUUACAUUUUACUACUUUAAAUGGCCGACAGAUACAUAUUUAAGAAAGCAAGAUGUCUGUAUUUGACUACUUUGGUUGGUCAUGAAUAGAAUUACUUACUGCUGGGGAAUCCUGUAAAAACCCUCAGUGACUAGGCUUUGUUCUUGGAUGUGUUUCUCACAGCUUUGGCUUUUUAUGUAUAAUCUUGUUUAUGAGUUUAUGUUGUAGCCCCAGAGUUUUAUUGACAACUGACUAUACAUCAUAUAUCAAUGCAAGGUUCAGGGAA